GUAUACUUACUAUACAUAUAGAAGUGCGCACUAACAGUACAUUUUUUCAAAAGAAUGGACAACACAAAAAAAUUUUUCAAGCACCACACGACUAAAUCACUACGAACAAUCUUUGAAGGAAAAUAGUAGUGGCUAUACUGGCAUUAGAUUAGUCCCUGUAACAUCACCCCCAGCAUAUACGACAAGAUGAGUAAUUCCAUAGCUGAAGCAUUUAAGAAGUUAAAUGUUUCGUCAAGUUCGGAACCAUCUGAUCAUGAGAAUAUUUAUUCAGUAUCUUAUGAAUAUUUAUCCCGAGUUAAGAACUUUAAUGAUGCUAGAUCAUUUAAGACAUGUUUAGUAGCACUUAUUAAUUUAGAUAAAUAUUAUAAAGCAUUUGAAAUUAUUAAAAAGAUUACUGAUCAUGAAUUGAUUAGUGAUGCUAUUUUAGAGGUGGCAUAUGUUUAUUAUAAAUUAGGAAAGUCUAAUGCUUUAAAUGAAUUAUAUAAUAUUCAAAAUAAAAAUAUUGAUAAUGAAGGUGUAAGACUUGGAUUAAAUCAUAUAUUAGCUCAAAAUUAUUAUAAAGUAGGUGAUUAUAAUAAAGCAUUGAAAUUAUAUCAUGAAUUAAUUGAAAAUAAUAAAUAUGAUAAUAAAUCUGAUUUAAUAAUUAAUGAACGAGCCGUUAUCUCCCAAUUAAAUUUUAAUCAACAAUUAAGAUUAACAUCUGAAUUUUCAAGAGAAGAUAAUUAUGAUUUAUAUUUUAAUGAAGCAUUAAUUGAAUUAGCUAAUUCUAAUUUAUCUGUAUCUUUAGAAUAUCUUGAAAGAGCUCAAGAAUUAUGUUUAACUCAAAAUGCUCAAUGGUCAAAUUCUGACUUAUUAAUUGAAUUAUUACCAAUAAAAUUAACCAUUGCAUAUAUUUAUCAAUUACAAGGAGAUGAAGCCAAAAGUUUAACUAUUUUACAUGAAUAUAAUAAUGUUGAUAGUACGAUUAAUGAUUCCAUGAUAAAAUUAAUUAUUAAGAAUAAUUUAUAUGCAUUAGAUAAUGAACAAAUUAAUGCAAAUGUUAUUGAUAGUGAAAUUAAUUAUCAAAAAAAUUUACAACAGUUAAAUGCUAAAUUAACUAAAUUUCAAUACCAAGUCCUUUACAAAAAUGAUCUUUUAUUAAGAUACUUAAGUGGAACAUUAAGUAAAUCUCGUUUAACUACCAAUUUCAUAACUCAAUACAUUCAAGAUUUCCCUGGUGAUUAUUUACCAUUAGUUUAUAAAAUAUUACUUGAUUUGGAAAUAUCGUACAAAGAUUUAUCAGAUUCAACUAAAUUGAAAACCAUAGGUAGAAAAUUAUUUAAAUUUAUUAAAUCAAUCGAAGACAAAUCAAAACCUGAAUUGAAACUUGGAUUAUUAUUAUUAGUAUUUAUCAAUGAAAAAUCUAAUAAUUUUGAUCAAUCUUUGCCAUUGUUAGAAGAAUAUACAUCCAAUGAAAUUUCAACAAGAAGCAAUGAGAAAUUAACUCCAGCAAUUCACGGAGCUUAUAUUCAAAUUCUAGAAAAUUUUAGAUAUACCAAGAAAUUGGGUGAUUAUUUAAAUGAAUUAAUUGACUCUUUAUUUGCUACUGAUGCCAAUAUAAUUCGUCAAGAUUUGAAUUAUUUUAAUUUCAUUAAGGUAAUUGCAUUUAAAUCAUUAAGUCAUCCAACUUUACAAGAAGAAUCAUUAAAAUUAUUCAAACAUUUGAAUGAUAUUUAUGAAAAUGAUAAAUUAGUGUCAUCAAUUCUUUCAAAUAGUGUUGAUUCAUUAUUAUCAAUUGAAGAAUUAACUUCUAAUGUUCAACCAAUUGAUGAUUUAUUAGCUGUUAGUAAUAUUGAAGAUUUAUUACCAUCUGUUGGAAGUAAUAAAGGUGUUACUAAGAAGAUAGGUAAAGUAGUUAAACCAAAGAAAACUAAAAAGGCUAAAUUUGGUCCUAACAAGAUUCUUAAGCCUGAAGGUAGUGAUUUAGCUCUUGAUGAUGAAAGAUGGUUACCUAUGAAAUUAAGAUCAUAUUAUAAACCAAGUAAAAAGGAAAAGAAAAAGGGUAGUCAUCAAGGAGCCAUUGAAAGUCCAACCAGUAGUGCUGCAUCUACACCAGCACCUACUUCUGCUUCAACAUCUAAUGCUCCAGCCAAGAGUAGUGGAAAUAGUGGAUCUUCAAGCGGAAAGAAUAAGAAGAAAAAGAAAGGUAAGAAAUAGACCAGUAACAUUAUUAAUUAAUACAUAAUACUUUGUAAUCAUUAAAUAUUUAACGAUUUUCUUUUACUCUGUUGUAUUGUUAAAUUAUCUGUAACCCCAGUAACGACGGUA